UUAGUGAGCCUACUCUAGUACAUACCUAGCCCGUUCCAUAUCUGAUAGGCCACCUAUUGCUCAAUUACUGCCAUGUUAUAGACACAAGGAAAAGUCGGUGGACCUGCUACCAACAACCGUUGCAUUAGUUAGAGGGUGUGAAAACCUGUCAUAUGGUAUCGGUAAAGUCAUAGUUCGAUAUUUCCAGUGCCGUGGCGCAUGUUCUAGAUUAGUGCGCGGUUAUUUUACCAGUGACAUUAUUUUGGCGGCGCACGAUUGAAAGUUAAUGAUGUUAUGUUAAAAGAGGAAUCUCAAGUCACGUGCCAAACUUAAACUAGACUUAAACGUUUGAGCCAUGGAGUAAUUGAAGUUCCCUUUGAUGCGUUCGCUUUGAUAGGUUGAGGAUAUUACCGAUUUUUGGUCACCGUCAUUGGUGACCAAGCACAACCCGGCCCUUACUUACCAGCCUGUCACACACUGAUUUACCUGUCAAAUCACGGGCAGGGACUUGGAGCGGAACGUACCCGUGGAUUAUACUACUCCCAGAAGAUCUAGGCAGUGAACGGAUUAUAUUACCCUCUGAAGAUCUAGGCAGUGAAUAAUAUUUCCAUUUUAACAAAGAACUCGUGAGAGAACACAGAAGAAUUCGGAUGUACACGGUACCGAGAGAUUGGCUGAGUUCUGGCAUGGCCAACAACUUGGUCACUAUAGAUACAAACUUCGUAAAGGGAUACUGGCACCCGGCAGAAUGAUGGACGGGCCGCUAAUCGGGACGGUGACAGCCGGGGUGGUCGCCGGGGUUGUCCUCAUACUCGUCAUCGCUAUACUGGUCUACUACUGCUACACGAAGAAAUCGUCAGCUCAUAAAUUUAAGGUAGAAUCCUUUGGUGAAAAAGCUCACUUCAGUCGCUACCCUCGCCAUGGAUACCCACAAUACCCUGCUGUUCCCACCGUAGCCAUGACGAUGGUCGGAGAACGACAUCACGUGGACGAUUCCCGACAGCCAGUGGGACGGAUGAUCUUCAGACCAAUGCCAUAUGACAUGUACACCCUUCAGCCUAUACCGUUAUCAGCCAUGACCUACCCAAGAAUCAAAAAGAAAGCUCACCGACACAAAGCCCACGUGCCCAAUGGAGACUUACGUGAUGCAGGAGUUUAUAUUACUGACGGUGAAAUGAGUGAAUUCCUUCAUGAGGAUAACAAGAGAAAAAGAAAGAAGCCUCGACAUGACGAUGAAGAGGAUAAUGAUUCGGUCGCUGAAAAUGGAUCACAAGGCAAAGGACACAUCCCAGAAAAUUUGCGGCGCUCCAGGUCUGCGGAUUCACCUAUGACUGGAGCUGAACUUCGCCCUUACUUCACCGAAGAGUUGAAUACGCCUUUUGUUGAGCAGCUUAGAAUCAAUCGAGACUUGAAGAAACCUGAUCAUGACAUCAAUUCAAACCAUGUUGGUCACACAGUUCCGCAUUCUCCACCACCGGAUCAGCACAUCGUCAGUGAGGUGCACCUGUCUAUACCUGACGGCCCCAGCGUUAAACAGACGACUAACUUCUCAGCUAGUGUAGGAGAGAAUGUGGCGCAGCCGCCAAGACCACCCACCCCUCCACGACCGUCCAAGAAGACAUCUGGUCCACCAACACCUCUCAAACCAUCUCCAACACCUCUGGCGAAGAAACCUCCCCGACCACCGACGCCACCAUUUGACGCCGCUAGCAUUGAUUCUCAAUCUGUUCAAGGCUUCCCCAACCAGAAUAUGAUGUUCAGAUUGUCUCGGCCAACAGCGACUAGUAGCAAUGCUGUACGUCCUCCAACCCCUCCUGUUGACAUUCCCAGCAUUGACUCUCAGCCUGUGUCCGUGGACCAAAUCACUGACGUAAACAUGUCAUGGAUCCAUAAACCACAUGGGCAAGAGCCAGAAUACGCCAGGGUCAUCAGGCCUACUGAAUACCCAACCAGCGAAAGCAACGACCCCCCACCUCUACCACCGAAAAGCAAAAGAUCUUUCCGUGAGUGGCCAACGCCAGAAGAUGAAGAUGAUAACACUCCGGUGACAGUUAUAGACGUGCCAAUGCCUAGGGCUCGCCCACCCACCCCACCCCCGAUCAAAAAGAAGCUGACUCUGCCGUCGACACAGACGAUGUCGAAACUAGAGCAGGUAACUGAGGCAUCAUCCGAGAACCCGACAGUUUCGGCUAGCAGGAUCGUGAUGAGUUCUCUCCAUAUGGAGAUGAAAGCGGCCAUCCGAAGACGAUCUCAUAGCAACCCGGACGUAUCCGACUCUUUGGAUGUGCCACGGUUGAAACGUGCUCGGCAGAGAGAUUCCCAAGAGGGAGACUUCCCGGAACCGCCAGUCUUUCCGCCACCGGACUAUGAUGAAUCGGACCUGAACGAAAGCCUUACAAGAAGUUCCGGCUUAUUCAAAUCUGCUAGUUCCAAAUCGUUACCGUCAAUAUCUGGCGGUGUGUUAGUUCCCAUUACCAAACAGUCGGGUGGCGGACAAUCUAAAUCUGUGAAGUUUGCUGAAACUGAACCUGUGAUCAUUCCUCUCAGUCAGCAUAAUUCUCAGCUCAAUGCUGCUCCUUCUCCUCCAACAAUCUACGAUGGUGCCACCCCACCCACUCCAACACCCCCACAUCCUCCGCCUCCUCCCCCUCCGCCUCCGCCUCCACCGCCACCUCCACCGCCACCGCCACCGCCACCUGCGCCACCGCUCUCUCACUGAACAACAAGAAGUAUAAGUCUUUAUGAACUCACUAUAUUUUUGUUCAACUUUCACAAACUUAAUACUGACAUUGAUCAUGAAAUGGAGAUUUCAGCACAAGCAAAACGUCGUAACUUGGGAAAAGUAUUUUCAAAAAUGAAAACAACAUGGGCUUGGCGAUAGAUUGAUUUUACUCAUCAAAUACUUAGAUUAAUUGCCAGCUAAGUGUUCCCCCUGCUUGAAGUGACAAUUUCAGCAAUUUAGCAGCAACAACAACUUCUGUCCUUUUCUUCUUCUCCAGGCUUGGAAGUUUGAUUAGCUGUUUGUUCUAUUACUCUUUUUUAUCCACAAAACCCCUAACGCAAAAUGUUUUAGUUCGGAAGUUCUGGAAGUGGAGUUGUUCUUCGUCCUGGUGGCUCUUGUCGAUACGUCAUGUCAUUUGGAUGUCAUACAUGUCAACGCAAUACGCUAUCUGAAGAUAAAGGGACGUAACCCUUUGUCUUAAUUCGAAUAGUGUGGAAUGAAUAUGACUUGUGUAAGAUUGUGUAUCCCCAGCAUAAAUUAACUGCACCUGCUGUAAGGCUAGUGAGGGUCAUGGGUGUCUUGUACGAAUCAAAAUGAAAGUGUAUAUAUCACUGCAAAUAAUCCAAAUGCUACUUGUAUAAAAUACAGGCAUGAAUGUUUAUAUGUUACUUGGACCUAAUUUUACCACCAUUUCGUUCAUAAAUCGGCGUAGUUGCAAAAAUGGGUUUGUGUGAACAUUUUUGGGUAUUAUGAAGAUUGCCCAUGUUAUCUUCCCUCUAAAUACUGUCGAAAUUAAAAUAUUACUGCCUCUCUAACUACGGAUCUUACCCAAUGUGACGCCGCGGUCUGAAUGCAUAAGCAAUGGCUUAUUGCAUCAAGGUUUUAGUUUUAAGGAUCUGUCAAAACAGUGGCUAGACGAGGCCAUUUAGAAGUAUUAUAUAGUGUUCAUUAAUGUUGCUUUUGCAACAUAUGUGAAGAACCUUUGAAGGUUCCAAGAAUCAGCGAUGUGAGAGACAUUAUGUAAAGUACUACGCAUAUCUUAGAGAGACAGUGGUAUACUUAGAGAUAACAUCUCGGUGUAUUUGCAGUGUAUUAUACCCAAAGAUUGUAUAUGAUCAUUGUGUAAAUAUUUUUCUGUAUAGAUAAUGUAUUCUUUAUGUCCUAAUCAGUGCCAUCCAUUAGUAUGAAAUUAGAAUACAUCAUGUAAUGCAAAAACGAUGUGUACAUUUGACUGUUCACUAUAUAAGUUCUACAUAUUUACUGGAAAGAACCUAUAUAAUCAUCACAUAUUCGUCAGGGGGAGAUAAAUGAGUCUUUGAUGUGGCCCAGAUCACAAUCUUAUUGUUGCUUUAAGUCUUUUGUGACCAUACAGUUUGUUUUCCAAAGUAUAUAUCUUUAAUAGACAAUUGCUUCAUUUCCAUAGUUUAGGCUGUGGAGACAAUGUGAAAGAAUCACAGACUCUUCCAACAAAGCAACCCGUAUAAUUUUUCUAGCUGAUAUAGUUUUCUGUUUUCUGCUUAUCUGCUUAUAUUGUCCGCAGUGUUUAUGAUGAUUUAAUUGAAAAAGUAUUCCAACAUCCAUCUGAGAUAAACCUAAACAUACAUUCUGCAAAAAAGUGUUUUCUUUAUUAUGUCGAAAGCUACUGAACACAGCGUGCAUGCCUUGAUGUUGAAAAUACAUGUAGCUCAGGGGAAGUAACCUCUGCCAAAGCAUAAUGUUCUCUGUCUCAAACAGAAGUUACUGACACUGUGUCUCAUAACUGAUAGAAAUGACUGAUAUAUGUGCUGUGUAUCCUUUUUAAGAUGGUCAUGUAUUGUCAUACUGAUUAAACUGACUGAAGAUGAUUAUUAACAG